AUGCCAUUUUCUUUCCGAAAGAAUUUUGCCUUCCUAAUGUCAUUUCAGAAACUGCAAUCUCAGCAAAUAUCAGAUAUAUAUUGGAUGGUAAGAGAGCUCAAGGGACAGUCGACGGUACCAUCAGACGUAAAAAUGUUGAGGAUCGUAAGCCUGGCAGUGACUUUGGCCGUGUGCGUGGCACGACCCAACCAAUGGGACGACCAGCUUGGGCUCUUCCCUGCCGACGGCGGAGACUCUCAGCCCAUCUUGCCUCGCGCCGUCGCCAACCCUACCACGCCCAACCAGAUACUCGACGCAGUGCUCGAAGGAGCUAUCGCAUACAUGGAAGCACUAGGAUGGUGUGGAUCCAAAAACGUGCAGAAUGGAGAGUCAAGCCUGCCCUUCCAAGUCAACUCUGACGGAAGCAGCUCCGAGAACUUCAGCAUCACUAAGGCCAACGUGACUGGACUCUGCUCCCUGCGCCGCUCCAAGUCCGCUUCCUUCAACGCCGACCAGAGUGUGCUCUCCGGUUCGGUUGUCGUGGAAAACGCUCGUGCCAACGCCGACUACACGGUAACCUUUGCCGGUGUUGGAGAAGCUCCAGCCCAGACUGUUUCUGGUCAGGUUGUAGAGCGUGUGGACAAGCUGUUCGCAGAUAUCCAGAUCAACUUGGACAACCUUGUGCCUCAGAACAUCGCCAGCUACACCGCAAGAUCGGGUCACGACCUGCUUGAAAGUGCAAGCAACUUGGACGGCAACGAUAUGAAGGACGUUCACAGCGCCGGCUUCAGGAAGGCUUUGCGAGAGAUCCUGGAGAAAACCAUGGCUUCCAACGUGAAGGUGCAGAUUAACAAGUCCAUCCAGGAUAUGAAGAAUGCUUAAAACUCAUGAAUGAUAUUGAAGAGAAUUGUGAGUGUACAGAGAGACAAAAUAUAGCGAUAAGAAACUCA